CUCUCCUCAAGCCAUAGCCAUACUCACCAAAAACAUUCUCACCAACCUCCCACAUUCUUCCUGGAAAGAAAAAAGAAAUGGCAACAUUCAUCGGUUUCCUCUCUUCUCCCCUCUCCCCAACCAUCAACCACACUGUUCCCUACAUCCUCGCAAACCGGACACUUUCAUACCUCCUCGCCUCUCGGCAUUGGAAGCAAUAUUACGGUUUUGAUCAUAAUGAGUCACCACGUUAUGAUAUCGAGGAAUAUGGAAAACGAAUGGUUCAAGAGGGGAAACUUACGAGGAGGCAAUUAGAUCGAGUGAAGAGGGUGCAGAGUGCGCAGAGUAAUAGUAUUGAGCAUUUUGGUUUUUUUUGGGGGUGUAUUGUAAGAUCUUGAGUUUAUUUUUUUAUUUCUGUACUUUUUUUUGGUUUAUUUGUUUAUUUGUCGAUUUUCU